CUCUUCUUAUCCAAACUCCAAUUCCAAUACUUUGUGCCAUGGCGAUUACAGUAUUACUACUGCCACUGCUUCUUUUCCCCGUAGUAAUCCCCGCAGCUGCUUCCACAUUGUCUUCACCAGUUCAUCCUGACCCUGAAGCUGUUGUCCAAGAAGUCAAUGAGAAAAUCAAUAAUGCGUCGACGAGGAGAAAUUUGGGAUUCCUGUCGUCGUGCGGGACCGGCAACCCAAUCGACGACUGCUGGCGGUGCGACGCCAACUGGGACAAGAACCGGCAGCGCCUCGCCGACUGCGCCAUCGGCUUCGGCAAGCACGCGGUGGGUGGGCGGGACGGCAAAAUGUACGUCGUCACGGACUCCGGGGACGAUGCGGUGAACCCGAAGGCCGGGACUCUCCGGUACGGCGUGAUCCAGAAGGAGCCGCUGUGGAUCGUGUUCGGGCGGGACAUGGUGAUCCGGCUCAAGCAGGAGCUACUGGUGCACUCUUUCAAGACCAUCGACGGGCGCGGCGCCAGCGUCCACAUCGCGGGCGGCGCGUGCAUCACCAUCCAGUACGUGACCAAUAUAAUCAUCCACGGAAUCAAUAUCCACGACUGCAAGGCCGCCGGGAACGCCUACGUCCGGGACUCCCCCGACCACUACGGGUGGCGGACGGCGUCGGACGGCGACGGGAUCUCCAUAUUCGGCGGAAGCCACGUGUGGGUGGACCACUGCUCGCUGUCCAACUGCCAGGACGGGCUGAUCGACGCCAUCCAUGGCUCCACGGCGGUGACGCUGUCCAACAACUACAUGACGCACCACAACAAGGUGAUGCUGUUGGGCCACAGCGACAGCUACAAGGCCGACAAGAACAUGCAGGUCACCAUUGCCUUCAACCAUUUCGGGGAAGGACUGGUGCAGAGGAUGCCAAGGUGCAGACAUGGAUAUUUCCAUGUGGUGAACAAUGACUACACGAGUUGGGGAAUGUACGCCAUUGGCGGGAGUGCCUCUCCCACCAUCAACAGCCAAGGCAACCGCUUUCUAGCUCCCAACCGCGCCGAGAACAAGGAGGUUACUAAACACGAGGAUGCUCCAGAGAAAGAAUGGAAGAAAUGGAACUGGAGAUCCCAGGGAGACCUGAUGCUAAACGGCGCCUUCUUCAGAGUGUCGGGUGCGGGAGCCUCAGCCUCCUCAAACUACGCUAAGGCGUCCAGCUUGAGCGCCCGAUCCUCGUCGCUAGUCGGAUCCAUCACAAUGGGAGCCGGCUCCCUCUCCUGCCGGAAAGCCCGACGCUGUUGACCGUCACCGCCUAAUAUAAUAAGCUCGCCUUUCAUAUAUAAUUAAUUAUAUAAUUAGAGCUGCCAUUAAUUCUCACACCAGCUAUUAUAUUUAAUUAUAUUCGAGUCCAUUCAUUUUUUUUACUAUUAAUUAUUCACUGCAACAACCUCGGCCUCUCGGUUUCCUCUCAAUGUAGUAGGAAAAAUACAAUUCCUGAUGAGGAAGGAAACGACGACCGGUGAGUUGAUAUAUAUAUAUAUAUAUAUAUAUACAAACAGCCACGCAUGCAUAUAUACAUAUGCUUGUAAGUUACCUUCCUAUUAAUAAAGAUUUCUUUAAGAUUUUCUCUCAAUCUUCCG